AUGGACGACUGUGAUCUUGAAAAAUUGGCAGUGAAGCCUGGGAAGUUAACUCCUGCAUUUCACAAAAAUACUUUAGAAUAUAACGUAAUAAUUGCGAGCGAUGUAGAUAAAAUAUUUAUAGAUCCUUUGACAAGUGACAGCGGUGCAUCAUAUUCGAUACCAAUUAGUGGAGGUAGCAAACAAAUCACACUGAAGGAAGGUGCUGUGACUGACAUAAAAAUCGAUGUUUCAGCAGAGGAUGGAACGACAAAGUCUUAUGUGAUCCAUGCGAAGCGGUUAUCGGCAAAAGAUGCCAGUCUGACAUCGUUGAUCAUCAGCUCUGGGAAGCUGGACCCAGCCUUUUCUCCAGACCGUUUUGAUUACACAUGCUUAUUGCCAUGUGAUAUUACUGAGGUGUUAAUCACACCUACAGCACCUGAUACAAAGAUCACUCUGAUGGUUGGAAGCCAAAAACCUGACACUCCGACAGAUCUUAAUUUUGGUGACACCAUCAUCCCUAUUCAAGUUACUUCUGCUGAUGGGUCCACUACGCAGGUUUACAAUAUACAUAUUACACGGAAACCAUUUCCUCGAUUUGUGAAGAUUAUGGACAAAGAUUUGGCUCUUAAUUAUGAAUGCCCAAUAACAUUAUGUCCCCUGUACCGACCAAUCUCGAUCAAGGGAAGUCAGCCUCUUCAUGUUUUCUCGGCACCUUUGAUUGAUGAAUAUACAAAAACAUCUAAGUUUGAUCCACUGAGUAACAUGCCUCUGGCAUCAGACUGGAGAGUGGAAAACCAUGAGUUGGAUGCAAAAAUAUCAUCACUGUCUGGCUGUGUUCCUCUCACAUAUGGAGGACAAUCACAGGUUACUGCACUUGGAAAACUUGGAUCUGUUUUGAAAUCAUGUGAUACACCACUUAAAUCAGAGAAUUUGAAAGAUAAAUUCAAAGACACAAAACUUAACGAUUCUCACAGUGUUCAGGUGCGGAAAUGGGAGAAAGGUCUACAUCAAAUAUUUGACGAGACUGAUGUUAACGUGCUGUCUAAUACAGCCAAACAGUGUUUAAAACAGUAUUUCAAAAGUUUGCCUAGACCAGGUCAGAGUUGUAAGUAUGACGAAGGAGAAACUCCACUGGAUCACCUGAACCAGGCGGCGUACAACCUCGCUACGGCCAUCAAGUUCUCUGGUAAACAGCAUGCCCUGCACCACGAACUGGCCAUGGUCCAGGAGGAGCGAUAUUACGCAGAAGACUUGUUUGGACUGAAGAAAGAAAGUGUUAUAGAAGAAAUAUGCUUGGGUAACAAGGAAGCUCAAGAGAGUUCUAAACGAGAGGAGGCUCUAGCGAUCUGCCAGCUGCGUGGCGUGGAAUCGUCCGCCCCUCUGUCCCUGCAGCUGAAAGCCAUAGACGAGGAAUACCACGACCUGGUUAACAGUGGCCAGAGUGGGAAGGCAGAUCACGUGAUGUCCCUGUACGCAUGGUACUCCAAGACAGCUUCUCAGGAAGGUAUAGCUGCACGGAAGGCUGCAGAUGAAGAAUCGUCACUGGGCCAGGCGUUCAUGAAGUACUUGGACAGCGUGUCUCUGGAUCAGACGAAGGCCGCGUACCACUUCGACGUGGGCAGAAUGCUCGUCAUGCAGAGCAACUACCCAGAAGCCGUGGCCAGGCUGGAGGUGACGCUCUUCUGGAACGCUCAACACCAGCUGUCAAGGUUUUACCUUGGUUUAGCCUUGGCCAUGCAGAAGGAUGGUCCAGGUAAACGUAGUGUGGAGGCCAUUGGGUAUUUACUGGAAGCCAUGGAAGCCCUACUUACAGAAAACUCAAAGCAGGCACAAAAUCCAGAUGAAUUUCAACGAGUGACGUGUUUACAUGCUAAUAACUUGAUCCGAGUGAGUAACGUUCAUCUGCUGCGAGGAAUCGUCCAGUUGGGAAAACUCCUAGCUAAAAACCUCAACUUCAAAGAUGCCAUGUCACCGAAAGACGUCUUUCACACUGCAGGGUUGUUGGCGAGCCAGGUUCUGCCGACUCUCGCAUGGGGUGACACGUACCACCAGGUGGAGUGGGUACUCAUGGAAGCCCACUCCUCCCUUCUUGACCUCCUGGGGCCCACCGAUGUAACGGAAAUUUCACAGCGCUGUCACAGACUGUCUGCACUUAUUUUUCACUCAACUAUUGAAAAGAAUGCACAAUUAAUUGAGCUGCAAGAACGGACGUGUCAGCGGAUUGUGCGGAUAACUCCGUGCAGCAGCCAGGCGAUGACCCUGCUGGGCUGUGCCCAGUUUGACCGGUUUGACCACUGCCAGCCCGGUGACUCGACCGCCACCAAGCUGCUAGAUGACGCCAUUGCCAGCUUCAGAAUGAGCAUCGCCCUGGAGGGGCAGCCCAUGGAGGGGGAACCACACGACCUGCUCAAAGGACAAAAGUGGUGGAAGGCACUAAAGAAAGAAGAAGAAGAAGCAAAAAAGAAUUCGGAAGAGAAAAAUGAAGGUUCUGCCAGUAAACCUACAGGACAAGCAGGGAGAGGUGGAGCAGUUGCAGCAAGGGGAGGGGCAGCUGCAACCAAGGGAGGGGCAGCUGCAGCCAGAGGUAGAGGGGUACCAGCAAGAGGAGGUGCAGUGGCUCGAGGUACAGCUAGAGGGGGUGCAACAGCAGCGGCAGCCAGGGGUGGAGCACGGGGAGCUAAGGCUGGACCUCCAGGGAAGACUUCUACUCCACUUCCUGCCAGUAAAACCUGUAUGACAGAUAAAAAGCCUGAGGCGAAGUCUGCACCAGCUGUAGCCACAGAGGACAAGCCAGCAGCGACAAGUAAACCAGUCGAGUUGAACCCCAAGUCCUACCAACCUCGGCUCGGACUGGCUCGGGCACUGAAAGCAGCCAGUCAAAUGGAUGAAGCACAGAAAUAUUAUGAAGAAGUCAUUUCAAUGGCAUCAUAUAUUCACGAUGCGUACAUCGAGGGUGCUGAAAUGUUGAGCAAAAGUAAGCCACUGGCAGCAGUUGAUAUGUACAGCAAGUUUCCUGUGCCGAAAGAACCAUCCUUUGAUGAUGCGUACAUAUUUGGUGAGAUUAUUCGACUCCUCAUGAAGGCAGAGAAGUAUGAUGACCCCAGACUUGGUCCAAAUAUGAUAGCAUAUGGCAGAGUUCUCGGAUUAGCUUCUCUGGAAAAGUAUGUGAAUAAACUGGAAGAGGUGUUCAAACCAGAACUACUCAAGUCGGUGUAUGCAGGCGUCAAUAAGAAGUCUGUUGAUGACCCCGAUCUUCAACCCUUCUUCAAAAUGAAAUGCUGGAUUUAGAGCAUAGCAUAUUAAAUAUACAAAUUUGGUCAACCCUGGUAUCUUGAUAUAGUUACCCUUAUCAGACUGGCAUGUUAACUGCAACUAACAUGACCAUAUGCAGGCUCCUUUAGCAGUUGCUUGGCAUCAUGCAGUAGCAUAUUAGGAGUAAAAAUAAAACCUCCAUUUCUCCAAGAAGUUGCCGUAUUUUAUGUGCCUAAUAAAGCAAGAUGACUUAAGACAGCCACUUCAACUUAUGUAAUGACAUACAGCUUAAUCCAAAUAGGUUAUCAUCUACGUACAUUUUUGUUUAAUUUUAUAUUAUUUUUAUUUUUUUGUGGCUUUAGAAACAUAUUACCAUAUCAUUAGAUUUAUGUGUUGCAAAGUUGUCGUGAAUUGACACCGAAUUGCCACAUUAUUGUCAAAAAAUGUUGCAACAGUUGGACAGGCGUAGCUAAAUACAUUACUGUGACAAAUUCUUAAGAUCAUUAAUUUUAGAUUGGUUUAAAUCUUAAUUUUGUUAGAAAUUUAUACCAUCAUUUGUGAUGUGUGUCGAAGAGUUCAGAAUAUUACAUUUAAAUUCAACAUAGUCAAGAUCAUCAUCAUAGAUAUUUUUUAAAAGGGUAUUUUGAAGUACGAUUCUGUUUCAUUUAACUCAAUUCUUUCAAACAUUUAAAUUUCAUUUUAUAAUGGAUGAAUGUUUAUAUACCUGUAUGCUAAUAUGUUAGCUAGGUAAAUUCAUAAUAUCAGUGUGUACAUACAUGACUCUAGUGUGAUAAUGUGUGAAGUUAUUUAUUUAUUUAAUCAUUGUAUGCAUAUAGCAAUAAUAUUGGCUCCCCAUUUAAAGUAUGUAGCAUUUCAGUCCCAUUUCUCAAUUCUCAAUGGUCCAUUUCAUACUGAUCACCAAAAGAAACGCAAAUCAGGGCUAUGGUUAGUUUGUAGUUAGAAUAGGUUUACAUGAUUACAAGUGCUCAUUUUGAGAAAUGACAAGCGGUAUAUCAACCUGUAAUUCUCCUGAAUCUCAACGUCUAAAUCCCUUUUUAAAAAUACUGAUAUAAAGUUUAAUGUAAGGUCUCACUACACAGAUCACUUCCGGGUGAGAGUUCAUUCAUCAUGGGCCAUUAUAGUUCCUAAUUGUGACACAAGU